AUGUCGAACAACCAGGACAAUGGCAACUCCGACCUGAUGCUACUCUCGAACGAGGUCGUCCGAGUGUUGGCAAGCGAGUCGAAAAGGUUAAGGGACAAGGUAGCCAUUCUGGAAGCUGAAAACGAGUCACUCAAAACCAAGACCCGUGAUGCAGAGGAUAGAGGCGAUGGCCUAGCAGUAAAGUAUGAUGAAUUGAAGGCAUCAAGCAACAAGACCGAAGGGGAGAUCAUCCGCCUUCAAAAGCAGCUACUAGACACGGUGGAAAGUCUGCGGCUUACCACUGAAAAACUGGUGGAGAAGAAACAGAUGGUUUUGCUGGCUGAAUCGCGUUCCUACAGAGUCAAGGACGAACUUGAUGAAGCUUCGCACCAGCUAUUGACCGAACGGCUUGAGCAUAGCUACAAACUGCAAUCCUUGAAUGCGCAGCUCGCGGGAUUGAAGUCCGAGUACCGAGAGCCCAUCAUUCCGGACGGGUCCGCCACCAAGGAGCUUGGCCCUGUCUCUGACCCGGGCCCCAGUUCUUUGGGAGUGAAUCGGAACAAUGAUGCUGGUGCAGCCGUUGUUCCCACUGGUGCAUCUACCGUUCCCGCUAGCGCAUCCGUUGUUCCCGCUGGUGCAUCUGUCGUUCCCAAUGGCAGCCGGAGGCGAGCUACCCCCGAUGUCGUCGUGGGCAUGAUGUCGGGGACCUCCAUCUACCGUGACCCUGACCAUCCAGUUGCUAAACACUUUCGAGAGCGUGUACUCCGUGAGGAGGAAUUCUUCGUUGGCUGCUGUGGACUAGAGAGGGUCGAUUACGAUGUCCGCAUUGAGCGAGCGUUAGUAGCGCGUAGCCAGAAGUCCGCACUCAAGCGCAAGUCGGGUGAAAAGCACAGUCAAAGCCAGAAGAAGCGAAAAUAA